AUGCUAACAGCGCCAAAAAGAUUACCGAUGAUUGUUUAUACAGCUGAUUAUAUAGUUAAUGCUUAUAAAUAUGGGCAUCCAGGUAUUGUGAUUGAUGCAAUAUUUCUUUCAAAUGGAUGCAAUGGAUGUAAAAACCCUGACAUAUUAGAAGCAGCUAAAAUCUUUAGAGAGGCUGGUAUCAAUACUAUUUUAACAAAUAUUACAUCAGAAGAUUAUGACAAUGAACAAUUUUAUUCACACCUUAUGGAUAUAUAUGAGUCUAUAUUUCCAUUAAGAGGAGCAUCAGAUUAUGUUCCAUUUGGACAUAAAAAAUUCAAUAGAAUCAAUUAUUAUUUUUAUAAAACAGCUGAUAUGGCAGUAAAGCAAUACCCAUUAUUUGAUUAUGUGUUAUUCCUUGAAGAUGACCAAGCAUUUUAUAAAAAUGCAUUUUUUAGAUUAAAAAAGUUAUUUGAUAGUUAUAAUUUAACUGGAGAUCAUGUAGAAACUCAUUUAAUACCAAAUGUUCCAUCACCAGAGUCUGAUAAUGCUAAAGGAUGUAUUUGGGGAUAUUAUGGGAAAUUACAGAAUAGAAAAGAAUAUUUCCGAUUCAGAAAACUUGCAAAAUUUGAUAAAUGGAUUAGGUGUGGUGAUAUUGUUCAAUGUCUUUGGGUUGAUGCAUCUGAUAUGCCAAGUAGAAGACUUAAUUUAGGACAUCAUUUUGGAAGAGAUAGUUACAUCAAAAGGUACGACCCAAAAUAUUAUAAUUGA